AUGACAGCACCAGCAACAUUCAAGCCCACCUUAAUAAUCCACGGCGGUGCCGGCAACAUCCAACGCUCCAAACUUCCCCCAGACCUCUACGCCAAAUACCACACCUCCCUCCAAUCCUACCUUCGCUCAACCCACACCCUCCUCAAAAAUGGUGCAACUGCCCUAGACGCAGCAGUCCACGCCGUCUCCCUGCUAGAAGACGAUCCCCUCUUCAACUGCGGCCGCGGCAGUGUCUUCACCACAGCCGGAACAAUCGAAAUGGAAGCCUCAAUAAUGGUAACAUCCGUACAAACCCCCAAUGAAACCGACCCAGGCGCGAUUAAACGCGGCGCAGGUGUAAUGGGCCUCCGGAACGUCCGUCAUCCCAUCCAACUUGCGCGCGAAUCACUUCUCAGAACGGGUGUCUCGGCAGAUGGAUCUGGGACCAGUGAUGGGGGGAGCAUGCAUUCACAGCUUGCGGCUCCGUAUGUUGAGGCCCUUGCGCGAGACUGGGGACUGGAGUUUAUGCCUGAUGAGUGGUUUUUCACGCAGAAGAGAUGGGAUGAACAUGAGCGUGGGCUGAGAGGUGAGGAGGAACCGCUGUUCCUUAGUCAGGGGACUGUUGGGUGUGUUUGUUUGGAUUCGUUUGGUGGGUUGGCUGUUGCUACUAGUACUGGUGGGUUGACUAAUAAGUUGCCUGGGAGGAUUGGGGAUACGCCGACUCUUGGGGCUGGGUUUUGGGCGGAGGCUUGGGAUGAACUGGUCGAUGGUGGUGGGUUUGGUGGUGUUUCGGGGUCGGAUGCUUCUUUUUCGGUUCGGGGCUUGUUGCACGAUGUGCGUGGCUGGAUGGCCGAUUGUAUGCCGCAGCUUGGGCACGAAUUGGAUCCUCCAGCUUACUCGUCUCUUUCGUUCGCUGAUCCUCAUCGGUCUUGUGAUUCUCGGCGUGCCAUUGCUGUCUCUGGGACAGGCAACGGGGAUUCCUUCUUGCGUGUUGCGGCUGCACGUACGUCUGCUGCUAUGAUGCGGUUUUCUGGGCCGGGAAACUAUCCCUCUACACUUGCUGAUGCGGUGUCGGCUGUCGCCGGGCCUGGCGGUGAGCUACAGCGUUCAGCUGGUUCGAGAUGGCGCAAGACUGGCGAGGGAGAGGGUGGCAUCAUUGGCAUUGAGGCGGCACUUGCUGUCAAUGGGGCUUCAUAUGUUAAGCUACACCGCGGCAAGGUUGUGUUUGACUUUAAUUGUGGUGGAAUGUGGCGCGCUUGGGUUGAGGAGGAUGGUUCUGAGAAAGAUGUUGAGAGGAUUAUGGUCUUCCGAGAUGAAUACCAAUAG